CACCUGAAGGUGGUCUUCACAAGGUGAGCCUGAUUAGACUAUAAAAGGCAGCAGACGCGUAGGUAAUUUCUUUGGGAUUUAUCAGCUGAUAGGCUAUUCGAGAAACAGCAGAUUAUAUUUCAAACAUUCGGCUUAUUUCAUAUCUAAUGCUCCAAAAGAGCCUACUCAUGUCGACCUUCACGAAUGAAUUUCUGAUUAAAGACAUUCGACCCGGUUUAAAAAAUAUAAACGUUGUGUUUAUAGUUUUGGAAAUCAACAGGGUGAGCAAGACCAAGGAUGGCCAUGAGAUUCGUUCCUGUAAGGUUGCAGACAGGAGCGGCUGCAUCACCAUCUCCGUUUGGGACGAGGCAGGAGUCUUCAUUCAACCAGGGGACAUCCUCCGUCUCACCAAAGGCUAUGCCUCCCUGUGGAAGGGCUGCCUCACACUAUACACGGGCAGGGGUGGAGAGCUCCAGAGGAUCGGAGAAAGUGCCAAAUUUCAGUGACCCAAAUCCUGAGGUGCAAGCACAAAUAAAUCAGCUAAACAAACCAGUGAAGCAAGACCAACAGUCCAUCCCUCAAAACGGCCAGACUUCAGGAGGCCCAGGAAAUCCUCCACCUCUACCUCCUCAAAUGUCUACAAGACCCCCAGCCUCUUACUCCUCCAAUGUUUCAUCCAAUCACCUGCGAGAUCCUCGGGAUCUGCCCUACGGUACAGGGAGGCAGGAUCGUCCUCACCGCGUGCCCCUGAACAGGAACCCUCUGUGCAACAUGAGGGAUGGUGGAGGUAGAACCUCUGGCAUGAGGGGUGGCUUCCGGGACCCAAGGCAGGCCUUCACACGGAUGUAGGAAGUUGGGUGUUUCUAUUUGCACAUCCAUAUUGCUGGAUGGGUGUAGACCUGGUAAUAAAUUGGCUUACUUAA